CAAUUACGAGUACAAAUUUAAUGAAUUUUAUGAAACCCAGUUUCAUAUUAAAGGCAUUAAUUAAAUAUUACAUUAUUGUAAUGUAAUUAACUGAUUUAAUUAAAUAAUUAAGUAUUAAGUUGGAAAAAAUUAUAUAGAAAGCAGGCUCACACAAAUAUAUAAAUUUAGACAAAUAAGACCAGUCACUCAAUUAUGGCUGCAUGCCAUUAUUGGCUUCCAUAUGAUGCAUACCCUACUGACUUCUGGCAAACAGCUGCAGAGACACUGAUUUAAAAUUUUUAACAUUGCAUCUGAUUAUUUGUGGUGUUCAUGAACACCUGAGUACAGUGUAGAUUAGGGGUGUAGCCUAACACAAUGCCAUUAUCUGUAGGCAUAUCUGGUUUAGUGCUCAAAAUAAUCAGAAAAAAGAAAUCAUUUUUAUUCACAAAGUAUACCAACAAAUAGCAAUUAGUAAGAACGUAACUUUAUUUAACUCUGGAAAGCUUUCUAUUUUCUGUUUAAUGUGAACUGAGUACGAAAAGUGUCUCAAAACAAUAUCUUUCUCAAACCAAGAACUGCUAUUUAGGCUACAGUUGACUAAAAAAAAAUCCAAUAAUAUUGUACAAGAUCUGUUUAAUGGAGUUUGUUAAAUUCCAGAAAGAUCAGAAAAGUUCACUGGACAUGCUCUCUAUUAUAAAACUGGAACACACUUAUGCUGCAGUUCAUUAUAAUGCUUGUGUGAUUUUUCUGUGAAUAUUUUCUUUUAAUAAUGAUGGAGAAUGAACAUAAGUAUUAGCAUAUUUUUAAAAUAAAUUAAAGCUAGAAGCAGCAUUUUCAGGGGCCAAACACCAAGUCUCUGUGAGCCGCACAUUCACAGACAUACUACAAUUGUUGAAUAAGAAAAGGAGAGCCAUAAUUAUAGCAGAGGGAUUCAAGAAUGAUUUGUAGUUUCACGCAUUUGCCAGUCCGUUAUCGGAGAACAGUUUUGAAUAUCAUUUGAUAACUUUUGUUUAGACAGGUUUCAAGAUGACACUUCAGACCAGGAGUAGCAAAAAUGGCACUUGGAUGAAAGCAUAUUGUUGCGCUGUCACAAAAUUUGUCGCAUAGCCUCAGGGCAUGGUCCUGAGAUUUGUCUGUGUGCAAGAUCAUUGCUGUUUGGUGACUUCACCAUCAGAUUUGUUAGCACAUUAUGGGCAAACCAUUUGGAAUAUCAACAUUCUUUUGAUAACUUUUGUCUAGGUUGAUCUGAAUAUGAUGUAUGCCAAAUUUGAUGUUGAUUACAUAAUUUGUAGGAGGAGUAGUAGAAAAACAAAAUUCAAAAACAGCUUUUAAAAAAAUUCAAGAUGGUUGACAGGAAGUACUCCUUUCAGAUGAUGGUGUGUGUUCACUUCAGCAUACCCCAGGGAAUUAUAGGAAUAAAGAACUGUGAAUUUAGCACAAACUCUUCAGAUAUAAGGAAAAAAAUGAAAGUUGUUACAGUUCUUGACCACAAGGUGGCACAGUCAUGGUUAAUCAGAUGUGGGGACAAACUUUCAAUACCAUUUUUUCGUUUAUUUAAAAUAAAAACCACACGGAAUUCGGUGUUCGAUGGAGUAAGACGCGAAGUUGGAGGCUCCUGCUGAUUUCGAUUAAAAUUGUAAUUAAUUAGUGCUUUUUGGUCAUAUAAUAUAUUUUGACUUAUUCUACUUCAUUUCCUUAUUUGCACUUUGAACUUUGUGGCAUGUUAAGAUGUCUGGAAAGAACACGAAAACCCGUGGUAGCAUUCAGACACAACUGAGACCUAGUGUGCACGCCGUGAGCGAGUCCCCUUCUCCCCCUGAAUCCGCGUUGCCGAGCAGUGACCCUGACUUUGCCGCACUCAGGCUUGAGUUGCUGGCUUCACUGAGGAAGGAGAUUGCCGAUAUUUUUAAAAAGGAGUUUCAGGCGAUGUUCAGGGAUGCGCUGUCUACUAUCCAGCUUGACCUGCAGGCCGUGAAAACACAGCAGGCUGGUGAUAAAGUCGCUACCGAGGCUACCAUAUCAACACUGAAAGGUACUGUUGGGGAAAUGGGGCACGCUCUCUCCGGCUGCACCGAUGACAGUUCAUAUGAAGACUACUAUCGAGUCUCACUGCGACCGUGACUCAAUUAGAGAAUAAAUGUUAGGAUUUGGAGUCGAGGUCACGGCGCAAUAACGUUAGGAUAGUCGGAGUUCCAGAGGGCGCUGACACCUGUACAACCGCUGCUGUAGCGGCCUUGUUAAAAGAGGCGUUUGGUCUGGAGAAGGAGCCGGUUCUGGACCGGCCCCACCGGACCCUUCAGCCGAAGCCCAAGCCUGGUGAAUGACCACGAGCUAUUGUGUGCAGAUUCCACUAUCACAGUGACUGUGUUGACAUUUUACGCCGUGCGAGAGAGCUCCAGCGGUGUUCAGAAGGACUUUAUUUCAGCGGAGGAAGCAGGAGACUACGUUAAACUCUUGAUAUCGGGGUGAACUGCAUCACCUAUAUAGUGGAGUUUUUUUCACUCUUAUUCUUUUUUUGCGCUCGGCCUUCCAGCGCUACAGAAUUCGGAUUCUUAUUGAAGAUAUGGUCGUGCAUUACUUCGUCUAGAUUUUGUGGACUCACUCCUCUUAAAUUUACUUCUGUGUUAAUGUGCUUCUCUGUUUUGAUGCUGUUUUGGUACUUUUAAUUUUGUUUUCCUUUGUUUUUUUGUUUUUUUUCUUCUUCUCAAUGAAAUAUUUGGGAAAGGGAAGGGAGGAGAGAAGAGAAAAGGCCUUGCUGGAAGAUGAACGUCCUCAAAGAGAAUAAAGACUUGGCCUGUUUCUACACAACCAAACACUCCUGGAGGGGGAAGUACAAGCGAGUUUUCUCUAUUGGGACACAUGGCAUAACAACAUAUAACCCUACGACGUUAGAAGUUACAAACCAGUGGCCUUAUGGGGAUAUAUGUGGUAUAUCACCAGUGGGAAAAGGACAGGGCACUGAAUUUAACCUUACCUUCCGGAAGGGUAGCGGGAAGAAGUCUGAGACACUCAAGUUUUCCACUGAACAUCGCACAGAGCUGCUGACAGAGGCACUGAGGUUUAGAACAGACUUUGCUGAGGGAAAGAUAACUGGAAGACGUUAUAACUGCUACAAGCAUCAUUGGAGUGACACACGGAAGUUGGUGGGGUUAGAGGUCACGCCAGGGGGCAUUGACCAGAUCGACCUCCACACCAACCGAGUCAUCUGUUCCUAUGAUUACCGUUGCAUCGAAGGCUUUGCAGAAGUUUCAGACUACCAAGGGGGUUUUUGUAUCCUCUAUGGAGGCUUCAGCAGACUUCACCUCUUUGCGUCAGAGCACCGUGAUGAGAUCAUCCGCAGUGCUAUUGAGCAUGCUGGGAACUUUAUUGGGAUCAUGCUGCGCCUGAGGAAGGAGCCUUUAAGCUUUGAAGACUUUGUCAGUGAGCGGCUCGGCAAAUAUGGUUCAGACGAGAGCAUCACGUCCCUCGCCGAGUUUGUAGUGCAGAAGAUCUCACCACGACAUGCGGAGCCUGUAAAGAGGAUCCUGGCCCUCACUGAGACAUCUCUGGUGGAAAGAGACCCUGCGUCCUACAACAUUGUCACCGUCAAACCCUUUGGAGAGGUUUUUGCGCUUAUUUGUGAUGCCGAGAAUCCUCAGAUAUUCACAGUCGAGUUCAUCAGAGGACAGAUACGAAAAUACUGCUCCACAGAUAGGGACUCUCUGAUGGCCAGUCUGUUGGAUGGGGUGAGGGCUUCUGGUAACAGAGAUGUGUGUGUAAAAAUUGCCUCCACUCAAAGAGGGCAGCGCUGGGGACUUCUCAGCAUGCCCGUUGAUGAGGAGGUAGAGAGCCUCCAUCUCAAAUUCCUCGCAGCUCCACCCAAUGGAAAUUUUGCUGAUGCAGUGUUCAGGUUCAACGCCAACAUCUCCUACAGUGGAGUUCUACAUGCAGUCACUCAAGAUGGCCUUUUCUCAGAGAACAAAGAGAAACUGAUAAACAAUGCCAUCUUGGCACUCCUGUCCCAGGAUUCUGAGCUGGGCGGGCCCAAUGCUGAACUGGAGGCCCAAUUCCAGGCCAUCAGACGACUCAUUGCCUCUAAAGCUGGCUUUCAGGCCUUUACCCAGCUCCCUAAGUUUAGGGAGAGGUUGGGUGUAAAGACUGUUAAAGCACUGAAGAGGAGCAAUAAUGGUGUGACGCAUGCUGCUAUUGACAUGCUCUGUGCUCUUAUGUGUCCAAUGCAUGAUGACUAUGACUUGAGGCAGGAACAGUUGAACAAAGCCUCUCUUCUAUCAUCCAAAAAGUUCCUGGAGAGCCUUUUGGAGAAAUUCAUCAGUAAUGUGGACCAUGGUACAGGUGCUUUAGUGAUCAGUGCACUGCUAGAUUUCUUGACCUUUGCCCUUUGCGCGCCUUACAGCGAGACGAGUGAAGGUCAGCAGUUUGACAUGCUGCUAGAGAUGGUGGCCUCCAAUGGACGCACACUUUUCAAACUCUUCCAGCAUCCUUCUAUGGCUAUAGUGAAGGGUGCAGGUUUGGUGAUGAAGGCCAUUAUUGAGGAGGGGGAUAAGGAAAUAGCCACAAAGAUGCAGGACUUGGCAUUGAGUGAAGGUGCUUUACCAAGACAUCUACACACAUCUAUGUUCACAGUCAGCACUGAUCAGAGGAUGCUUACGAACAGACAGCUGAGUCGUCACCUCGUUGGUUUGUGGACAGCUGAGAAUCCUGUCGCUAUGAACCUCCUCAAGAGAAUCUUGCCAACUGGGCUCCUCGCAUAUCUGGACAGCUCUGACCCUGUGCCAGAAAAGGAUAUGGACAGAAUGCAUAUCCGUGACAACCUAAAGAUUGCUUCUGACCAGUUUGGACGCACUAAGGUGCCAGAGUGGCAGCGAAUAGCGGGCAAGGCUGCCAAAGAGGUGGAAAAGUUUGCUAAAGAAAAGGCUGACCUGGUGCUAAUACACUGGAGAGACAAGAUGGGCAUUGUACAGAAGGAGCAGGACAGGAAUAACUUGAACCCAAACCAAAAACCUGUUGUCUUGAGGAAAAGGAGACAGCGGAUCAAGAUAGAGGCCAAUUGGGAGCUCUUCUACUACAAAUUUCAUAUGGAUCAUGCACACUCAAAUCUAAUCUGGAACCUGAAGACUCGUGAGGAGCUGCGUGAUGCUCUGGAAGGAGAAAUGCGCUCCUUCGGUGUAGACCGAGAGCUUGGAAGCGCCAAUGUGAUUUCCUGGAAUCAUCAAGAGUUUGAGGUGAAGUAUGAGUGCCUUUCUGAUGAAAUCAAAAUUGGGGAAUAUUAUCUGCGUCUGCUGCUGGAGGAGGAUGAGAAUGAGGAGUCUGGAGCCAUCAAGAGAUCGUAUGAGUUCUUUAACGAACUAUAUCAUCGUUUCCUCUUAACGCCCAAGGUGGCAAUGAAGUGUUUGUGCCUGCAGGCUCUGACGAUAGUAUAUGGCAAGUGCUGUGAGGAAAUCGGCCCUUUCACCGACACCAAAUACAUUGUGGGCAUGUUGGAUAGGUGUACUGAUAAACUAGAGAGAGACAGGCUUAUUCUCUUCCUCAAUAAGCUCAUUCUGAACAAGAAAAAUGUCAAGGACAUAAUGGACUCAAAUGGUGUACGUAUCCUAGUAGACUUGCUAACCCUAGCCCACCUCCAUACCAGUAGAGCUACUGUUCCACUACAGAGUAACGUAUUAGAAGCAGCUCCAGACAUGAAGAGAGAGAGUGAAAAGGAGUGGUACUUUGGGAAUGCUGAUAAGGAAAGAAGAGGACCUUUUAGUUUUGAGGAGAUGCAGGAGUUUUGGAAAUCAGGCACACUGACUGCAAAGACACGGUGUUGGGCACAGGGCAUGGAUGGCUGGCGCCCUCUUCAGGCCAUUCCACAGCUUAAGUGGUGCAUACUGGCCAGUGGGCAGGCUGUGAUGAAUGAAACAGACCUGGCCACACUGAUCCUCAAUAUGCUCAUCACCAUGUGCUCUUACUUCCCUAGCAGAGAUCAGGACAAUGCCAUUAUCAGACCUUUACCCAAAGUGAAGAGGCUAAUAAGUGACAACACUUGUCUGCCCCAUAUUGUUCAGCUGCUGCUGACCUUUGACCCCAUCCUAGUAGAGAAGGUGGCCAUCUUGUUAUACCUGGUGAUGCAGGACAACCCCAACCUGCCACGUCUCUACCUCAGCGGUGUUUUCUUUUUCAUCAUGAUGUACACGGGCUCUAAUGUGCUCCCAGUGGCACGUUUCCUGAAGUACACUCACCUGAAGCAGGCUUUCAAAACAGAAGAGUCUAAAGGUCAGGACAUUGUGCAGAGGAGUGUGUUAGGACCAAUGUUACCUGAGGCAAUGGUGUGUUAUUUAGAGAAUUAUGAGGCUGAACACUUCUCAGAGAUCUUCCUGGGAGAGUUUGACACUCCUGAAGCAAUCUGGAGCAGUGAGAUGAGGCGUAUGAUGAUCGAGAAGAUCGCUGCUCACCUGGCUGAUUUCACUCCUCGGCUCCAGAGCAACACUCGUGCUCUGUAUCAGUACUGCCCCAUUCCUGUAAUUAUCUUUCCUCAGCUGGAAUAUGAGCUGUUUUGCAACAUCUACUACCUCCGUCACCUCUGUGACUCCAACCGCUUCCCUGACUGGCCUAUACGGGACCCGGUGAAGCUAUUAAAGGACACUUUGGAAGCCUGGAAAAAGGAAGUGGAGAAAAAACCUCCCUCCAUGUCAGUGGAUGAUGCCUAUGAAGUGCUGAACCUUCCCACCGGACAGGGCCAGCAUGAAGAGAGCAAGAUCAGGAAAGCAUAUUUCCGAUUGGCUCAAAAAUACCAUCCAGACAAAAAUCCAGAGGGGCGGGACACGUUUGAAAAGGUGAACAAAGCAUAUGAGUUUCUGUGCACUAAAUCUGCGAGAAUCGUAGAUGGACCGGACCCUGAAAACAUCAUCCUUAUCCUCAAGGCCCAGAGCAUCCUCUUCAACCGACACAAACAAGAACUGGAGCCAUAUAAAUAUGCUGGCUACCCCAUGCUUAUUAAAACCAUUACCAUGGAGACCAGCGAUACGCAGCUUUUCUCCAAAGCAUCUCCACUCUUGCCAGCAGCGUCUGAGCUCACCUUCCACACAGUCAACUGCUCAGCACUCAAUGCGGAGGAACUGCGGCGAGAAAAUGGCAUUGAGGUCCUGCUUGAGGCGCUGUCUCGCUGUGUGGCUGUACUUACGGCUUCCAGCAAAAUGGACGACAUGGCAGUACAGGUGUGUGGCCACAUCUGUAGGUGCUACAGUGUAGCUGCUCAGUUUGAGGAGUGCAGAGAGAAAAUCAUCGAGCUUCCAAACAUCAUCAGAGAUAUUUGUCACAUACUUUACUAUGGCAAGGCUUUUCCUCGUCUAGCCUCGCUGGCUGUGGAAUGUGUGAGCUCGUUCUCUGUGGACUUCUUUCUCCAGACGCGUAUGUAUCAGGCUGGAGCACUCUGGCCGCUGCUUCUGAGCCUCUUUAGUUAUGACUUUACGCUGGAGGAGAGUGGGGUCCAGGCCAGCCAGGAAACCAACCAGCAGCAUGUGGCCAAUAGCCUGGCCAAACUCAGUUUGAUGGCUCUUGGCUGCCUCGGAGGCUACAGUGCUGGAGCAGAGGUUGAUGGGAAUGGGACAAAGCAGAAUGGGGGUGGGCCAGAGCCACCUCCAGAGAACCCUGCAGUCAGGAAGAGUCUAUCAGCUAUGCUCACACCAUACGUUGCCCGUAAACUGGGCACCGGCUCACCUGCUGAGGUGCUAAAGUUGGUUAAUUGCAAUUCGGAGACCCCAUAUCUGAUCUGGAACAAUGGAACCAGAGCUGAGCUCCUCGAGUUUCUUGAGGCACAGCAAGAAGGAAACAUAAAGAGGGGUGAAUGUGACAAAAACUUUGGAACAGAGUUUGUCUUCAGUGAGCACAGUAAAGAUCUCAUCGUGGGUGAGAUCUUUGUUCGUAUUUAUAACGAACAGCCUACCUUUCCUCUGGAGAAUCCGAAAGUGUUUGCAGGAAAUCUUCUGGACUAUGUGGGUUCUCAGGCACAGUACCUCCACACACUGCUCGCUUUGACACAGACAAAUAAAGUGGAGUCACAACAGCACGCUCAGAGACUACACUGGGCCGAGAUGGCCUUGGAAGCACUGCGCAACGUUAUCAAGAACAACCCAGGCUCUGAAACAGAGUGCAUUGGCCAUUUUAAACUGCUCUUUUCCCUGCUCAGAGUUCACGGGGCUGGGAAAGUUCAGCAGCUAGUCCUGGAGGUUGUGAACACGGUGACUUCAAACCAGGAAUGUGUCAGCAACAUAGCUGAGUCUCUGGUGUUGGCCAAUCUGCUAUUGUUGCUGCACUCCUUACCAUCCAGCAGGCAGCUUGUCCUGGAGACUCUGUAUGCCCUCACUUCUAACACCAAGAUAAUCAAAGAAGCAAUGACCAAAGGUGCACUGAUCUACCUGUUGGAUCUGUUCUGUAAUUCCACCCACCCUCAGGUGCGCACUCAGACCGCUGAGCUCUUCUCCAAGAUGACUUCAGACAAGCUUGUGGGCCCCAAGGUGCGUCUGAUCCUGAUGCGCUUUCUGCCGGGCGUUUUCAUGGAUGCCAUGCGAGACAAUGCUGAAGCUGCUGUGCACAUCUUUGAGGGCACUCACGAAAACCCAGAACUGAUUUGGAAUGAUGCAUCACGAGAGACCGUCUCCACCACCGUCCGGGAAAUGAUGCUUGAAUACUUCAAGCAGCAGAAGGAUAACCCUGAUGUCAGUUGGAAGCUUCCUGAGGACUUUACAAUACCAUAUGCAGCGGGGCAGGGUGAGCUGGAGGUGGGUGGAGUGUUCCUGCGUAUCUUCAUUGCUCAGCCAGGCUGGGUGUUGCGCAAGCCUCGGGAUUUUCUUGUCUCCCUGCUCGAGACCCUCACUGAGCUUCUGGAGAAGAACCACCCUGAUGGUGAGGCAUUAGAGACGGUCACCACAGCAGCUGUGUGUUUGUUCAGUACUCAGACUCAGUUGGCUGAUCAGGUUCCUCCUCUUGGUCACUUGCCUCGAAUCUUAGCAGCCCUCAACCACAAGAACAACGCUGUUCCUAAAAGCUCCAUCCGCCUCAUCCAUGUCCUCUCGGAGAAUGAGUUAUGCGUGCGCUCCAUGGCAGCCUUGGAGACCAUCGGGCCAUUGAUGUGUGGGAUGAAGGUCAGGGCUGAUAUGGCAGGACUAGCAUGUGAAGCCCUCAACCGCAUGUUCCAGCGAGAGCAAACUGACCUAGUUGCACAGGCUCUGAGAGUAGAACUGGUGCCAUAUUUGCUGAAGCUAUUAGAGGGCGUGGGAUUAGAGACUCUGGACAACCCCUCGGCAACCAAAGCCCAAAUUGUCAAAGCUCUUAAAUCCAUGACUCGCAGUCUACAGUAUGGAGAACAGGUGAAUGAAAUCCUGUCUCGAUCCACUGUGUGGAGUGCCUUCAAAGAUCAAAAACAUGAUCUCUUCAUCUCGGAAUCGCAGACUGCAGGCUUUCUGACAGGUCCGGCAGUUGCAGGCUAUCUAACUGCUGGCACGGGUGCUACAGUUCUGUCCAGCGUCCCUCCACCCGUAGACAAUGACAUUGGAGACCUGGGCUAAAAACCAAACCUGCACUAACAGUUCAGUGAAUGCACCACUUUCAUAAGAGAAGCAGGCUUGAUGAGACAGACAGAUAAAUUACUUAAAGAAAGAGGAAAGGAUUGGGUGGAUUACAACCCUUGUGUAAACUUUCCUCUAAAUGUGUGCUGCUACGUCCUCCUUGUGUCCGUGGUGUUCCCUUUCAGCACACAGUUAUUAAUUAAUCUGCUUUUUUUUUUUUCCUUUUUAAAUCUUUUUGCUCUUGAUCCUAAUGUAUUACAUUCUAUACCUUCCGUUUUGUUUUUUUCCAAGAAGAGGAAAAUGUUUACUUUUGUAUGAGAAUAUUUUUUGCUGGAGGAAAAAAGACCCCUGAAGUGAAUACAACUUUAGAGAUCCAACCCUUACUUGAUUCCUUUCCCCUUCACUUCUGUCAUGCCCUCCAUGCUUUGUCUACACAAGGCUUCUAAUGACUUCUUAUUUUAACCAAAUCUUGGUUUAUCAUGCCAUACCACCAUUCACCUUGUGUUUUCUGUUGACCCUAAAAUGAAUGAAUUCUUGAUGAAGUUAAAGGAAAAAUUAAGAACUUCCACUGUCACUUACAAUCACACCCCAUAGACUGAUCUGGCUUAAAGCUCCCCUUAUGUCUCAACAGACAGCCUGCUUUUUCUACCUUUUCUCACCCAGAAUGCAAAGAAAUCACUCAAAUAUUUAUAACUAGCUGUGUACUUAACUGAGGAAUGAUUUUCUGUAAACGUUCCCAGGAGAAAUGACACUGACUCUAAUUAAAAUCUAUGUCAAAGAUUAGUGCAGUUGUCAAACUGUCUAUAUAAUAUGAUACAUAAACUUUCUAUAUUGACUGUACAAUCUAAAAAAUCAGUUACACUUGUACAUAACAUUUUAAGAAUAAAAGGGAAUCCACAGUGAUUUCGUUUAAUCGUUUUGUUAUUGUCUAAACAACAACUGAACUUGAAACUGAACUAUGAAAUACAUUUCUAGAAGUAUACAAACCCUGUCAAAAAUUAGGAAUCACCACUUAGAGGAUUCUCACCCUGCUUUUUUCCUUCGUCGCAAAUAAACAAAUCAGAUAUGACACAAAACAAUUUUUGUUUAAUAGCUGAACAGUCUGGCUU